AUGGCCACUGAUAUGGAAGCCAACGCCUCGCAGCUGGGACUAUCAGCGCCUGCGUCCUCAGCACCAUUCACCACACCACCACCACCGUCGCCAUCAUCAGAGCAAUCGUCUUCUUCAGCCCCCAACGCCGCCGCCGCUGCCUCCCUCCCCUCCCUCUGGGCGCGCCUCUCCGACCGCCUCUCCCAAGCCUUCCGCGCCCUCCUCUCCCCUCCCCCCUCCCGCGCCUCCCGCUCGUCCCCCACGCUCCCCUCCUCUCGAGCCUCCCCUUCCGCCUCUUCCCCCUCCGCCACUUCCCCUUCCGCCCCUCCCCCCUCCGUCGCUUCCGCUUCCGCCACAGCUCCCUCCGCCUCUGCCAAAUCCCCCCCUUACACGAAGGAGAAAGCGGGUGUGGGGGAAGCGGGGGAAGGGGCAGGGGGCGCGGGCGAUGAGGGAAGGGGGAGCAGUCUGGCGCGGCUGGUGGGGGAGGUGCGCGCCAAGGGGUCGCUGCUAGAGGCGGCGGACGAGGCGCUGGAGGAGGAGAGCCGCUGGCUGCAGAGCAAGGCGGACGAGUUGGCAGCUUCGAUCCGCGGGCGCCUCUCAGUGGACGACGUGCAAGCAGUGGUGGGCGCGGCGGUGGGGAACGUGCAGACGGAGCUGGUGCGCGCGCGCAGGCGCACAAAGCAGCUGCUAGCGCAGCUGGAGAUCAAAGACACGGAGCUGCGCUUGCGGCGCGAGGAGUGGGAGAAGGAGCGCGCCGCCAUGGUCGCCACGUUAGAUGCGCUCGUCAGGAAAGGCACACUCGGGGGAGCGGGAGCAGGGCGGAGCGACGGGGGGGAAGCGGGGGGAGCGGGGGGGGCAGCGGGAGCGGCUGGGGCAGCGGUAGAAAUGGUAGGGGACGCGGGGGAAGGACGACGAGGUGUGGGCGAUAGCAUGAGUUUUGUGGGCGGCGCCUCGUUGACGGCGCCUGUGGAGGCGAUGACACGUGGCAUGAGCCUGACAGACGCGAUGAUGAGGAUCUUAUCCCUAGAGGCGGCUGUAGCGCGCGCGGAGGAGGCGGAGCAGGCCACUUCCGUGCGGCUAGAGCGCGUAGCUGACGUGUUAGGGUGCGAAAUCGCGAAGCUGAGAAAGGACAAGAAGUCGAUCGAGAUCCGGGCGCAGAUGCUGACGUGGCGGCUGGAGAUGAUGCAGCAGAAGCUGGAGGGGUUGCUGGGCGGGCUGAUGGAGAUCCGGGGCGCGCUGAUUGGUGGAAAGGUGGAGCUGGGGGUUCAGCUAUUGGAGGAGCUUGUCUUUGAUGUGGAGACGUGGACUAGGCAGGGGAGGAAGCUUAUGGAAAAGGAGAUGGCUGGGUGGGAGGGCGGGAAAGGGGCUGGGGAAAGAGGGGAGAGAGACUGGAAGGCGGGGCAGGCGGGGAGGAAGGAGGACGGGGAAGGGCGGGAGGGAGUGAGGAUUGAGGUGGGAGAAGGGGGAGUGGAGGGAGAGGAGGGAGAGGGUGGUGUAGUGAGUGUGAGGGCUGGGUGGUGGAAGGAGGGUCCACCGGGGGAGUGGAGUGUGUAUGAGGAGAGGGAGGAUGGGCGGCUAGUGGAGCUUGGUGAGGAGAGGAGGGAGCAGGAAGAGAGGAGGAAGGUUGAGGAGGAGGAGGAGGCGGCUAGGGAGGCGGAGGAGAGGGAGAGGCGGAGAUUGCUUGAGGAGGAGAGGGGGAAGGAGGGGGUAGUAGAAGAGGAGGAUGGAGAGGAAGUGAGUGAGAAGGAGGGGAAGAGCGAGAGUGAGAGGGAAGCAGGGGCAGUAGAGAUCCCUGUUCCACAGGGAGAUGACGUUGACCAGGCAGAAGAGAAGGCUGACGCGGGCCAAUCACGAGAAGACGCUGACGUGCAGAUAGGUGGCAGUGAGGUAGGAGAGGAGGGGGCAGGUGGGGUGGAGGAGACGAGCGGAGAGGAGGGGAGUGGGGGGUUGAGUGAACCUGAGCGUGGGCAACCAGGUGGGGGGGAGGAGGGGAUGCAAGAGGAAAGUGGGGAGAGGCGAGAGGGGGGUAAGGACGAGGAGGGUGGGAGUGGGGGGGGGUCUGAGGAGAGUAGCAGUCAAACGUGGGAUGGUGGUGUGGCACAAGGCGCGGGUGAGAGUGAGGGAGCAGCUGAGGAGGAGCAGGAGAGGGGGGUCGAGGAGGAGGAGGAGAAAGAGAGGGACGUAGAAGAGGAGAGGGAGAAGGAAGAGAGGGAAGCAGAGGAGCAUGGAGAGGAGAAUGGAGAUGAGGAGGGUGGGGUAGUGGUUGAGGAGGAGCAAGUAGAGCCGGAGCAUGGAGAGCUGGAGAGCAGCAGGCCAGAAGAGGUGCAAGAGAGUACCGUAAGUGAAGAUCCCGACUCGCUGUCUUUGUCAUCUUCUGAGGGGGCUUCAAAGGAAGAACAAGAGGCACAAGGAGAGGAAUUUGAAGGGCAGGAGGGACAAGGGGAGCAAGCGGAUGGGGCGGCGGCGGAGAAGGAGCGGGCGGCAGGAGUGACGCUGUACUACGAGACAGGGUGGCAGGACGUGUUUGUGCACUUCUGUGCGGAUGGUGCGGUUUGGACUGAUGUGCCGGGGUUGAGAAUGGACGACUCGCCUCUCAUUGGCUUGAAUGGACUGCCCCUCAAGGUGAUCACCCUGCCAGUGACUGCAAUGGAAUUCGUCACCAACAACGGGGGCACGGACUGGGACAGUCCACCCCUCGGGGGUAACUAUACUAUCAACGGCCCAGGGAUAUACCUUCUCAGAAAGGCAGGCUUUCUGAGCACUACCAUGGUUGAUAUCAAGGCCGCUUUUACAACCACGACUGGGUGGACAUCCGCGCAACCAUCUAGACCGUUCAUCGACAUGAUUCACGGCGUUUCUGCCGUCGAUAUCCGCCACGUGUUCAAUCUUAUGGACCGGGACCGCGACGGGCGAAUCUCAACCGUUGAGUUGGCCUCAGUUCUUGCGAGCCUUGGCGAAACACGACCGGACGACAUGGCGCGAAGGAUGAUGGCACAAGCAGACACUGACGGUGACGGCUUCGUUGACUUUAACGAAUUUCUCGCCGUGAACAAAGCUUGUGUUGGCGUUACUGGUUCUGGUCGCGUUGCCGCAGGCUCACGGAUUAGCAGCGGGAGGAGCGGCAGCACGGGCAGUCGCGGAAGCAGCAUGGAAGAAUUGGAAAUUCCUCGUUACGGAAACGAGGCUGGGGCUGGCGAGAUUUGCUUGGCUUCGGCUGGCGACGCUGACAUGGCGGUCGUGGAUUCGCCCGAUUCUGACUCCGCAUCGAUGGACGAUCUCCUCGCAGCGUUUCGUUCGUUCGACAAAAACGGCGACGGUUACAUCACGCCUGACGAACUUCGCGAGAUGCUUUUGCGAAUUGGUGCUGGCGAAGAUAACGACGAUGGAGACGUGUCAUUGGCGGAAUGCGAGAGGAUGAUUCGCAGGGUUGACGCGGACGGGGAUGGCCGAGUGUGCUUCUCGGAGUUCGUGAACAUGAUGAGUGGUGAUAAUAACGGAUUGAGCAACAGUUGCUGA